AUGGGAGAUGGAACGCAAGUGAACACAUUUGAAGAACUUAUAUGUUCCUCAUCUUUGGCUGGCGAAUUUGAACAAUACUCAUUGCGUCUGUCAGCAAUCAUCAUUUUCUUUUGCCUGACAGCAUUUCUUGGGAAUUCUCUGAUCUUUGUUGCACUUCACAAGGUGUCUUCCCUCCAUCCGCCGUCCAAACUCUUGUACCGUUGUCUGGUAACAAGUGAUCUGUUAGUCGGUCUUGUAAGCCAGCCUCUCACUGCUACUCUUUGGAUGUCGGUUGUUUUCGAAGAGUGGAGACUUUGUCGAUUCGCAUGGGUAGCAGCCUCCAUUUCAGGGUAUGGAUUAUCUCUUAUGUCUUUGUUGACUUUGGCAGUCAUGAACGUGGACAGACUUCUCGCCCUGUUGUUGGGGCUGAUUUACAAACAAAUUGUAACUUUGAUGCGCACAUAUAUCAUUGUCGUUACUCUUUGGAUUGUUACCGUUGUCGCUACUCUAUGCAACGUGUUAGCUUCUCGUAUAGCGCCUUGGUUUGGUCGAAUUGUCAUCUCAUGUUGCCUAUUAAUCUCGAUUGCUUCAUAUGCUAAGAUUUUCUGUGCUCUUCGCCGUCAUCACGCUCAGAUACAAAGUCAUGUUCAACAACAGCCGAGCCAACCAAAUGCAUUGAACAUGGCGCGAUACAGAAAGGCAGUGUACAGUGCACUGUGGGUGCAGUUAGUGUUACUUGCUUGUUAUGUGCCAGUGAUUUUAGUGGGAAUUGUGAUGGCUCAUAUAAAAGGAAAUUCAUUGCAUUUAGUCGUCGCUCUUGGAAUAGCGAGUACCCUGGUUUAUUUUAACUCGACUUUAAAUCCGUUUCUUUACUGCUGGAAGAUUAGUGAAGUAAGAAGAGCAGUUAAGAAGACAAUCAGACAAGCGCUUUGCUGUCCACGAGGUUAGAUCUUCCAUUAUACUCUUUUUUAGUUGUUUCAAGGGAGUAAGUAACGUGACGAUGCUAUUAGAUAACGUCACCUGCCGGAUAUAUCAUUGAAUAGGAAGAAGUAAGAAGCUUAAUGAAGUCGCUGUACAAAGGUUUUUAGAUAUUCUCACCAUAGAUCAACAUGGCUCAUUUUGCGCAUGAUAAAGCAAAAAUCAUGGAAUCUACACGUUAACGAUAUCGUAAGAAUUUAAGAAUGAUAUUCAUCUUAAUUGAGGGAGGCGUUUGACUACAGCUGGCUUGAUACAAAAAAACAUCCUUAUCUAAUUAACAACCGAUGACUUCAAUCGCAGCUUCUGUGGAUAAGCUUUAUUUCUAACUCAGGUUAAUUAAGGCCUGGGUCACCCUGUCUUUAACCCAUAAUUUCACAAAAUUGGGAAUAACUUAGCUAUCUUGCGAGGGAUUUUUCUCAUACUUGGCAGAAAUGUGUAUCACUACUAUCUCUCUCGGACUGAAUUGUGGCAGCGUAAUAUGAUACUCUCAACAGCCAAAAACAGUUAAUUAGGCGCCAAAUUCGUCGCUUGCUUUCUUGAGCAAAUUCCCACCACUAAACACAAGGCAAAUCAAAAUGCAGUUAUCGCUAUGAAUAUUUGAGACGUUUUUCAUUGUUUUCCCACUUGGAAUGGCUGCCAAAAAAAAAGAGAGAUGUGCUAGGCAGAUUAAAUCAAGUUUUGUCUCUGCGAAGCUGCUUCCUUUAUCAUGGUUUUCGCUUUCAAUGAAAGUAAUCCCACAGGUUCCUAUUUAUUUGGAAAAAAGACAAAUUAAAGCUGUUUAAGAGGUGGGAAUUUUGAAAACUCGCAGUCACGUAAUUCAACUCAGUGUCCGCCAUUUUGACACGUGAGUCACGCGAGUGUUCAGAGGCAAUAAUUUAACGGCUGAUACACUACCAAAUACUAAUUGGAGCAAUCUCAGAAGUAAUAAUGGCAAACUUUGUAUACUUUUGAUGGUAUUUAUUUCUUUUUCUCGUUUUCUGAGGUCGAUUGCAUCUCUGUAAAUCCAGGGUUAGAUCGCCUUUGACAGUUCUAAUAAAUCACAAUUGCAAAUUUGGGCGGUAAGAAUAAAGAACGUUUGUAAUUUUAUCCUGAGUUUAUCAUAUAAAGAGACUGAAUUACAAUUUUGGCGCAAAACUUGAAAGUUAUCGCACUGAUUCCUUGAAACUCUUCAAGGUUUUGUUCCCUAACAACGGUACUACUCGAUAACGAGCUAAGUGUAUUCGUGUGAAACGAAAAUGUCUGUCAUUUUUAAUUGUGGAUUUGCAAGAGUUGCUGUAAAGGAGAGCUUUUAGUAAGGUUGGAAGUGCUUCGGUUGAAACUAACCCUAGUGAAAAGUGGAAGAACUAUCUUGCAGCGUUCGAGGGUGACAGUCAGGAAGUCUUUGCGGUCGAACGUUCCACCUACGUCAAGAAAUCCAAAGCAAUUUACAGCUCUUUCCGAAAGAUGAACUCAAAAGCCAGGGCCCAGUUGGUAAACUGGAAAGCUCUUAAUACAGCGCAGAAGAAACAGCACACACUGUCAAAUUGUGGAGGUUGUCAAGUGCACUAUUAUGCCAUCCAUAAUUUUUUCCCUAGUGGAGAAACUUUCAAAACCCGAAAACUUUUAAAAGAGGCCCUUAUUGAAAGUGGGGUGAUAACACAAAGUAAAGUGAAACCAACGCAAAAAGCCAUUAAAACUGCUGUAAAACACAUUUAUUCAUAAGUGAAUGGCCACUUUGACAAAAUAUUUAAAAUAAGCUUUGCUGAAGCACAAACAAAAGUGAAGGAACUUCAGCUCCAAAAAAAGAAAGACACAAUUGAGAAAAAGCGGCAGCGUCGAGGGAGAGCACGCCAAGAAAAAAAUAAAAUCCAAUGCUAAUGUCUAGUCCAUCUGGAGGAGGAGUGAUGUUUCUAGUUACUUUGCAGUAAUUUGCAUGCCAAACAAUGAGAUCAACAAUCUUCACCUUUACUUGUGUUGCAAUCUAGCAUUUAUUUUUUCUGUUCAAAGUAGGUGUUAAGCAAAACAUUCCACUUUUGGUUUCCAUGGCUCAAGAAUGUUUGGAUGCCAGCCCUGUAAGAAGACCAACAACAACAGGCAUUAUGGCAACACUGGCUUCCAUAAUAUCUCACUGAAUACUAUAAGCUUAAGCAGGGGUUUCACGGGCCUGACACUGGGCAAAUUGACUGGCUGGGAACACAAUUUUUCCUGCAUGUUGUGACUGACAUAAAUCAGAAUCAAAACAUAUUUUGCCUGCUUCCUUGUACAUUUCCCAUCACCUCAAAAUCUUAAUGAAACCUCUGCUUAAGAAAGUAAUAAUUAACACUCUAAUCAGGUAAAGUGACCCUAGUCAUGUCAUGGCAGGAGUCUUUUUAUUGGGCUUUGCAAGGUUAAAAUUACAAUGUAUGUGCAUGUCUUUAGCAAGUUUAUGUGUGCUCUUGGUCUAAACUAAUUUUGUACUUCUGCUUUACGAAUUGUGAAUGAAUGCUAGAGGGACAUUUUUAAUAAUGCACAAAUAAGGUGCUCUGGGGUCCAUCAGGUACAAAUUACUUCAUAGGUCAUACCCAUGUCUAUAAUUUUACAUUGCUGCUAGAUAACAUACAUGUAUCGAUUUAUUUCCCAAUUCCUGCCAAUUAUUGAUCUAUGAAAUUGAAUUUAGGCAAGCAACUGGCAGAUCAAACUUAAAAUUAUAAACCAGAGUUUUAACCAGUUAGGCCACCAUAGCCUUCUAACAGGAAUAUUGACUUGGAAGAGCAGCAAAAAAAGCAAGAAAUACAAUUUUAAAAUUUUUCUUUCUGACUUUGUAACAAGGGUAACCUAUCCUGCUCUUAAGAUGGCACAUCUUUUAUGAGUAGGGCUAAGAAGAAGACACAUCUUCUACCAGUUUGUGUUUGCUCUUGUCACAAAAAAACAGUGCCCCACUUGGGGCAACAGUAAGCACUGGUAAUUAAUCAUGUCUUAUCAACAAAGAGGGAAGGCUAUGGUCAGAAUCAUAUGCAUGUAUCAGAACUUUCGUGAUGCAUUUGAAUUAAAAGAUACUCCACUGGUGUAGUAGGUAGAAUAUUUACAUUCAAAUAGACACAUAUAUCAAUUACAAGUCCAUCAUUGACAAUGAUUGUUGCAAUUAUUACUGGUCAAAACUUAAAAACCAAACUGUUGACUAUAAUUAAAACUGACAUAACAUGAUUUAAAAACCAAAAAAAUGCCUCAUAAAUAACACCAUUAACAUGCUUGUAAUAAAUUAGUUGUGUGGAAUAACUGGAAGGACCUCUUCAAGAAAACAAAUACGGAUAACAGUAAAUAAAACUGGUUUUAAUCAAGGUUCAACAGGGUUCUCUUUGGCUUUAAGAUAGCGAUAUCAUGCCAUUUUUUGAGGAAAUGAAGAUAGCAAAGAAAAUUUUAUUACCUUGUUUUGAUGUCUUCCUCUAGAUUGUCGGAUUCACCAGCGAAGAUGGGAAAAACCAAUGCAAAGCCGACACUUCAAAAUGGCGGAUGCCGUUCACGAUUUACGCGAUCUUGAAUCCAAGUAACUAUGGUUACUCGCGCAGUCCACGCGAAUUCCGCGAACCUUGCUGGGGGGUCACUGGAAGCGAAAAUCAUUUUUGACCCAGGCCUUAAUUAACCUGAGAAGUGUACGCACAGCUAAAGGACAGGGAGUCGUAUCACUAACGGCAAUACUUGGGACAAGUAAGUUUCAUGCGACAGCAGUUAUUUUGAAUACAACAACCUAUGAUUUGAUCGACAUAAAAAAUACCGUCCACGCAAAGUAGGGCAAAAAAACUGGACGCUAGUUUGAUUUUACUUACUCGUUUUACUAUCUUUGUGAUACGAAAGUACAUGUAUAGGAUGAAAUUGAUUCCGAAAGGGUAGUGAAGGAGUGAUUUUUAAGUUCUUCUCUUACGGAUGGUGAAAUAAUUUCAAAUUUUUAACCUCGCUGCAUGAAAUAAAGCGCAUGACUUUGGCUCGAUAUUGCCGUACGAACCGUUCAAAGUAAGUCUUGUUGAAGACAAGAAAUCGUAAUUUUGAGCGCAAAAGUCCAUAAUGCUUAUCAAUGUGUGAUGAUACUUCUAUAAAUUGUAAAUAACUAGUAAGUAAGCGAAUGAGAAACAGUCUAACAUUACCGGCUCUUAGUGAGAGAAUUCUCUUAAAUAUUUUGUUGCUUAAAUUUAUCAUCAAAUUACUAAUGAUGACCAAUUAAUCAUAAAAUUACAAUGUCCUAAGAUAAUUCUCUUAAAAAAGUCUUUUGUUUCUCAAAAUUAUUAUUAAUCACCAAUUAAUCAUAAAUUUAUCAAUUCUGGGAAAAAAGAAUAACCAAGUUAUGAAAAAGAUGGAAAAUUUGCAUUAAAAGACUCACAAUUGGUUGAUUUAAACUAAAACUUUGAAUAUGAUUGGUUGAUUUAAACUACAGCUUUGAAUGUAAUUGGCUUAUUGGACUGUCCGAUAACAAUUUGGCAAGUGAAUUAGUGGAAAACAGGAGUUUUUUAAGCCAAUCACAAUCCAGGAAUUAAUAUAACUUUUAUGAUUACAAAUGAUAAGAAAAUGUUUCAGUGACAACGGACGUCUGAUAUAGGUGGUGGUCACAAAACCAACUAUGGCCUCGAUUUUUUAAUAUAAUGGUCAAUAAUUUCCGGGGGAAAAAAAUUGUAAAUGUCUCUUUUUUUCAACUGUCAGUAAUACUUUGUUGAGAUCCACGCUUGAAAUGAAUUCGAUUAUUGUUGUCUCUCAUAAAUUUUUGUUUUGAUUAACAGUUUACUCAAUGGGUUAUAUUGAUAUGAAACUAACGGAUAAGUUAGAAGGAAACUUACUAUCAAUACUGAAAAGUGUUGCAGCAAAAUAAAUGGUAUGUUUCAUCAAAAAUUUAAGGCCAGUUAUUUACACAAGGUCUAACCCAAACCGUGGUUUUACGCGAGCAGUGAAAAGCAGGUGUUCUGUAUAAGAGGGUAGAUUAAUCAUAAUAAAUGUCCUUCCUUUAUUAGAUCUCGACCUUCUAGAUACUAUUCACAAAAAUGUAUGCCAAGAUAAAAGGUUCAACUAAAUUGAAGAUGGCUUAGAAUAAUAUUCUAUAUAUAGAAUAAUAUUAACUUGUUCGAUAUUUUUAUCAAGUGUUGAUAGUUUUUAAGUAUCCAUUCCUUCCUUUUCCUUCACGAUGAAUAGAUUAUCAUUUUCACUUAAGCAUAGUCAUAAAACUCUAGUUACCGGAGGAGAAUGAUUAGUCGCUCCGGGGAAUUACGACAGGAAGAAUUCAGUCACUACGGUGUACAUGAAGGCUUGCUAGAUGCCAAAAUAUUCUUAUUCUCUUCACUCGGACAAGACAUUGGCAAAGAAAACUUUAGCUGGGAGGAGACCAAUUAAAGAGUGUAAGAGAAACGGCAAAAUUGUUUGAAAACGUAAUUUCUUGCUUUUCUUUUGUUUCGUUUCUAAUUUUCUCGGAGACGAAACGGGGGUAAAAGAGAUACAAAACGUUAUUAAUUACACAGUUACAUUGAAAUGUCCUAAAUAAAGUUUGCAUCCGUAGCCAUGCAUUAAUUUUGAAUCGCUAUACGCAUUCAAAUUACUGGACUGUUUGUCAUGGAUUUGUCAACCUUGGCUUAGGCCUUCUUUAUUUUCAGCUUGCUGAGGCUGAGAAUGAUUCAAGGCUCAACCUUACACAAAGGAUAUGGGCAUUUGAUUAAAAGCCUAUCAGUGAAAUUAGGUUGUAUAAACAUCGGCCUUCGAUGGUUUCAGGUUCCCAUUAGUAGCACUGAGGCACAGCGUUCCUUCGGCCCCGUGUCGUGUUACUCAAAGCCUCAAACUUAUUCACGCGCGAAGUAACUCGUAUUGAAGCCUUAACAGUGAGUGCCUUCCCGCAGGUUAAAUAGGGCGGAUUGUUUGUUGCAACAUGAAAAAAAAUUAUCUUAAAGAUGUCUUUAAAUAUUUGUCUCUUAUUCUUAUUUCAUACGUGAUGUCUAUGACAAGUUAGGCACAAAAAAAGGCUUUUUUGACAUAACAGACGAUCAUCUGACGUAUUUUAAACGAUUAAAGAAUAGUGAGGAAGCUUUUAGGUGAUUGCUAUGUAGGAAAUAGAGCUUAAGUGAUCGUCGUUGUACAAUUGCUGCCUUAACGAAAUAUUUUUCUAUUUGCAAUCAUGACAAGAAACGGGAAACGAAAACAGAAUAAAGUCGACCAAGCUUUUUGGAAUUCAUAAUCUACCACCAUACAGGGAAUAUUUCUCCAAGUGAUCAUCAUCCCAAAAUAAUGACAGUAUAUCUAAAUAAACCGGAAAUUCUCUUAUUCUCCAUCUCGAUCAAAAAAUUACCUUGUUUACUUUAUUAGUGGAAACUAAUUGUCAUGACCAAAGGAGAAUUGUUAAUUGCUCAAGAGUAUCGCAUGAACAACAACCGAAUAACUUCUCUUUACAUGAAAGCUUACUUGAUAUGGGAAUAAAUUAUUUUUUCGUCAUACUUUGAACAAGACAUUAGAAGCAAACAAAUUGUAGAUAGGUUCUAGAAGGCCAUCUUUCGUUCGUCAUUAUCCGGGAUAAUCAAUAUAAAUUUGCUGGCCAAAGAAGAAGGACAACAGUUGAAGUGAAAGAGGAAAUUGCAGAAAAUUGUUUGCUGGCGUAAUAACUUGAUCUUGUUACUAUUUUGUUUUUAGUUCUAGUCGGAUACGAAACGGAGAGAAAAAAGCCACACAGCGCAAUUAGAUAAACAGUUAAUUUCAAAUAUUUUGAAACAAGUUUGUAUGUGUGGCUGUACAUUAAUUUUAAAUAGUUGUGUAGUCUACGUAGUACAUUCGGUGAUUGUCACGAAUUCAAUUUUUCUCCUACAACAAUUGACAUCGCCAGCUUGGGCUUUUGCAGUUUUAGCUUUCCAUCACUGAUAAUAAUUAAAGUCUUAACAUAACGCAAAAGAUAUGGACCGUUGAUUAGCAUCCAUUCCAAUGGAAUUUAAUUCUGAUAAAGAGCGACUCUUUGCCGCACUGUAAAAACAUUGAAAUAACAGAUGUUUCUAUAUUUGCCUUUAAUUGCUAUUUCAUAACAGAGGCACCCAAAGGUUCUCGGGAAAAAUAAUUUUUUUGACCCAACAGAAAAUUUUUUAUGCGAUUGUCAGUUAGAAAGCAAGGGAAACGCCGAAGACAGAAUUAUGUCCACAACAAAUUUCAGUAGCGGUGGAAGUCACACGAAAUCAUUUCAAGAACUGUUAUGCUCUCCCUCUUUGGUGGGUGGGCUUCAACAACAGCUAUCGAUUUUCUUCGUAGCGGUUGACAUUUUCCUCUCCAUUACGGCAUUUGCUGGGAAUUAUCUCAUCCUCGUUGCCCUUUCCAAAGAAUCUUCCCUACAUCCGCCGUCCAAACUCCUGUAUCGUUGUCUGGCAACCACUGAUCUGUUGGUUGGUCUUGUUGCCCAGCCUCUCAAUGCCCUAUAUUGGAUGUCCGUGGUUCAAGAACACUGGAGCCUUUGUCAAUAUGUAUUUGAUGCAGCCAACAUCACAGCCUAUGUAUUGCUUUUAGUGACUCUGAUGACGAUGACGGCCAUAAGUGUGGACAGACUUCUCGCCCUGAUGUUGGGACUGAGAUACAAACAAAUUGUAACUUUGAAGCGCACGUAUAUUAUUUUAACUACCUUCUGGGUUUUUAACCUUGUCGCCUCUUUAAGUGGAUUUUUUCAUCACCCUAUAAUCUUUCUGUACAGCUCCUUAGUUGUAUCAUUUUGCCUGGUAAUAUCACUCGCAUCGUACGCAAAGAUUUUUUUGCAUUCUCAGAUUUCACCAAGCGCAAGUACGAGAUCAACAGCCGGCGAGCCAAACAAAUACACUGAACAUGGCGCGAUUCAGAAAGGCAGUGUACAAUGCACUGUGGGUGCAGUUAGCAUUAGUUGUUUGUUAUGCACCAAUAUGGACAAUGAAUAUUGUGAUCGCUCUUACUAA